AUGGAGAACGAAGCUUACGGUUUGACCGACUCCUUCGUGGCCAGACACACUACAGACCCUACCUUACGCUUGGAACUGCUUUCUCGUAAUCAAAAUGGCCUCAGUCAUGACCAACGCACAGGGAUGGGGGCAGAGGUAAGAAACAUUGAAUACAGUAUAGCCUUAAAAAUAAGGAGGGGGGAACUGAUAUUGCUUGUCUGGGACUACGUAGUCGGCCGACUGGGGGAAGGUGGGUGUUUUAAAGACAAUUCACCAAAAUUGAGGCUGAGAUCGCCGCUUCUAUUGACUACGACAUUAAACAUGUUAAAACUAGAAAAAAACUAUGAGACCGAUUGAUUCAGAAAAUUUGGUCGCACAAGCUUCGUCAAAAAUUGAUUCCGUAUAUGAAAAAAAUAUGUUAUAAAGAAUUACAAAAUGAUCUCACGAAAAUAUUUGUUGUUUUCGUUGUCGCGACUUCCCCUAUUGAUGUUUUGCGAUAUCUUAAAAGAAGAAAUACUAAUAGCCAAUUUUUGUUUACUUAAAAUAGAAACAGCUCAUAGAUUUAUGAGGCAUCAAACGAGCAUUCCAAGCGAGUAAAAUGAGUCUAUAUCGCCCGCUCAAAGAGCUAGCCAUUUAAUAAACAAUUUUGAAAAUUAUCUUAUUUCGUUUCAUUUCUUCAGAUUGCCGACUCGUCUGCAGCUGGUUCCCCUUCGGCCGAAGUCUUCCCAACGAACUCUCAAGCUUUCACUUUGUUUCCCUUCCCUCCACUGAACAUAAGACCUUGGAAUGUGGAGUCUUUAGAGUCCACAAACAACAGUCCUCUUGCUUUGGUGCAAGGAGUAGCCAGAGCAACGGUCCAAAUGAACAGGGGAAUGCGCGAAAGAGAACAGCGUGAACUGGAGCGGGAACAACUUCAAACGGACCAGGACAGGAGAGAAACACAGAUUAGAAUGAGAAGAAAAAGAGAAAUGAUAGAAAGAGAGAGAAGGGAAAUAAGAAGAUCUAGAGGACGGAGAGAAUGGCAAGAGGCAGUUCCUGGACCUUGGUGCUCAUGCCGCCUUGAUGAGGUGAUUAACAUAUUUUGUUUUUUUCCAUGUUAAUUUAUCAGUAAGUCGUCUUUCCUUGCCCCUGCUCAGGGAAAGUUGUGGCAGGUUCUUUUACAUCCGAAUGAAAUGACUCAAGAGACCAACGAUGGCAUUUAGAAAAAGAAAAAAAAUACAAAUUGAAAAAUGAGAAAGAAAGAAACUGUGAGUGAUAGGGAACUGAAAAAAAUAGAACUCCUAUUGAUCCCAUUUUCUAAACUCUAGUUCCCUGCAGUUUCGCCCAUCAUCACUUAUUUUCACAUGCACCCCUUUUAAAAUUUCUUAGUUUCACCUUUUUUUUCCCCUUAUUUUAGUUUGUAGGAGACACCAUAUGCGGAAGAUGUGACAGACAGAGAUACUUGUAAGUUUAUAGCCCUACUAAGAGGGUCUUAAUGGGUAUAACCGUUGGCCGUAAAACGGCCAAAAAAUUUAGCCGUUAGGCGUAAAAAUUGACAAAUUUUAACCGUUAGUCGUAAAAAAAGUUUAACGCAAACAAUAUGUCUAGUGGAAACAAUGGAAAGGUGUUAACUGUUAGCCGUAAAUUGGCCAAAAUUUUAACCGUUAGCCGUAAAAGCCAUCACCCCAUUGAGACCCUCUACUAGGCUCACUCAUUGGUAAUAGUGCUCACCAUUCAGCAAAGUUGGUGCCACAAUUGAUAUUGUUGCUGCUUAAACCUAGAUUUUAAGAUGUCAUUUCUGCAAUUUUCAAAGUGUUUGAUUUUGUGAUUCAAAAAAGGACAAAAGUUUUCUGUUGGCACCAGUCAGGUCAAAUAGCUACAUUAUGGGUAAAUUUUAAAAGAGGAACUCUGCAAGUAAUGUAAUGUACUGAAGAAGUAAUUUUUUCCUGGCGUUAAUAGAGAAAGAAACAGUGUUUUUACCAACGCAGUAGAAAAUUUUGAUCAACGUUCUGGUCAAUCUGGUGGCUCAGUGACGAACAGAAGCCAUAGCAGCUUUGUGCUUGAUGAAUUGGGACAACGCGUGGAUGAAGCGUGCACCUUGUUGGAAAGAGUGUCAAGGGAGAGACAAGGGUUUGAUCGGGAAAUUGAAAGACAAGAGCAUGAAAUACGAACCGGAGCUGUUCUUUCGGAAAGAACACUGAAGAAGAGAGGAGGGGAGGCAAGACAGCUCCCGGAAGUUAGCAUGUGGCCUCAGCGGCCAUUUCCUGCACUUCUGUGUAACUUAAGCGAGCAGUGUGAGGAGGUAAGUUAACUAAGGGCCCUGUCAUUACUCAACGCCUGGAGGGAAGGGGUCGGAGGAGUUUUUUUUGGGGGGGGGGAGAGGGCGAUCACGUUGUUUUCAGACUGAAGGGUAGGGAGGGGGGAAUCAUUAGAAUACUGGAAAGAACUGGGGGUGGAGGGGAAUCAAGUACAUUUUAUUUCUACACAUCCAAAAUCCCCUGCCCCUCCCCCUCCAUCGCCUUGGCGAUUCGUAAUGACAGUUCCUUAAGCAUCGCGAUUGGCAUAAUGGAAAAUAUUUUGCUCAAGAAUUGAUCCACACCUCUUGAUAGCCGCCAUGUCAUAUUUUCCGUACACGGGUGACUAAAAUAGGAGCGUUUCAUGUGUAAAAUAUAUGCCAUUCAAAGUUAGAAUUGACAGAGCUAUUACUCGCUUAUCAAAAUUUUAUGGAUGUUAACAAGCGUGUUUUUUUCAUCCUAGAAUCUAAGAGGCGAGGGUUCUGGAAGACAGAGGUAAGUACAAGUAGACUGACUACUGUAAUAUGCGCGCUCUUUUGUCUCCUUUGGAUGAAUAAGUUUAAUCAGUCCGGCUCAUGCUAAACGUUAAUUCAUCCGUUUGUUCAUUAAUCAAACCCUUAGGAAAUAUGGGAUUUUUAACUACAUCAUUCUUCCUUUAGAAUUUUGAAGGAUAACCUUUUGCAUCACGACAUCUCCAAAUGUAAUGUUUGUCUGAACAAAUGGCUUCAAGGAAAACCCAAAUGCAUUCCACAGUCAGGACAAGAUGAAUGUUGCAUCUGUUUGGAGGUAAUGGCUGAGAUCAAAGGCCCUGAUUUUAGUAACUGCUGUAAAGCACGAUUGAUAGACGUAUUUGAGAGUCACUUUAUUGGUGUCAUGUAGGCUGGAAGGCUAAUCAAUGAGUAAAGCAAAAUAAAUUCGUUAAACGUUGUGGGUAUGGUUUAGAUAUAAGUGUAGCGAUCGAAUCAAAUGGCAGGGCCAUAAAAUUAUUACUAACACACUUAAAGUACUUCAAGCACCGGUGGAUCGAUUUAGCAGUUUCUUUUCUGAGUAACAGGCCAUCGUACCAUCGUAUUUCCUUUCUUAGAGGAACUACUUUUUGAGAUGAUACAAUUUAAAUGUUAACACUCAUUGAUAGACUCAACUUUUCCUUUUCAUCCCUUUUUGAGAUGAUCCAAUCAAAGAACUAACCGUUCCGUCGCCUCUGACGUCCGUUCCGUUUAUCUGUACACCAGUCGCUGUUACGAACAACAGUUUUUUUUCAUGACUCCAUCGGCGUAAUGAUUUCAUGUGAGUCCAUUGAAUGAUAAAUAAAAUCUCUUUUUCGCCCUUAACUUCAGGACGCGCUCAGUGGUUAUCAGAUCCUGCCAUGCUCACACAAGGUUCACAGAGAGUGUGCUAUUGCAAUAAUACAGAAUGGCGUGUAAGUACACCCAAAAAGUCCGCACAUCUAUAGUAAUAAGUGUUGCUACCCUGUAUAAGAUGAUUUUUUUAUUGCACUUUUUGAUGCCCAGCCACUUUGUUAGAUUUUGUGGCCAAGAGCACCUCAAUGAAACAGAAAUUACAGUGCUUUACUUAGUUCUAAAGAUAAAAAAACGUAUAAGUCAUAGUUUGGUUUAAAAUUCUCCACGCCUGCUUCACUAUUUCCUUAAAAUCUAUUUAGGAUUAAUCUUAUUCUACUCAUUUUUCUUUCAGCCGCUGCUGCCCCAUUUGCCAUCAUCCACUGUUUGGU